GCGACGUCGGGGAGAAAAACAGAGGAGGAAAAAACCAAGAAAAAAAAAUAUAUCACGCUCCUCUUCCUCCGUUCCCCUGCUCGAUUCCCCGCGAGGAAUUCGCCCCCAAAUCUAUCGAUCUGCUCCGCCCAGUCCACCGAUCCGUGGAUCGAUCCGCGCGCGGGUCCGGUUUGCUGGGGGGUUCCGAUCUGGUCUUCGCCUCGUCAGGGGAGGAGCCGGAGGAGGAGAUGAACGGCGCCGGGGGCGGCCACCAGCAACAGCAGCAGAGGCUCCGGCAGCAGCAGCAGCAGCAGCAGCAGGCUCUCCUGAUGCAGCAGGCACUGCAGCAGCAGCAGCAGUACCAGUCCGGCGUCCUCGCGGCCGCGGCAGCGGCGGCCAUGACCCAGAUGGAACCUAUUUCCAAUGGCAAUCUUCCACCUGGGUUUGAUCCCUCCACUUGUCGCAGUGUGUAUGUGGGAAAUGUGAACCCUAACGUCACUGAGAGCCUUCUGAUUGAAGUUUUCCAGAGUGCUGGCCUUGUGGAAAGAUGCAAGCUCAUCCGGAAAGAGAAGUCUUCCUUUGGGUUUGUGGAUUACUAUGAUAGAAGAUCUGCUGCUCUAGCAAUAAUGACCCUUCAUGGUCGUCACAUAUAUGGACAAGCAAUCAAGGUGAACUGGGCGUACGCAAGUACGCAGAGGGAGGACACAUCUGGGCAUUUCCAUAUUUUUGUUGGUGAUUUAAGUUCUGAAGUGAAUGAUGCAACUCUUUAUGCCUGUUUCUCAGCAUAUCCUUCUUGUUCUGAUGCUCGAGUCAUGUGGGACAACAAAACUGGGCGCUCCAGAGGUUAUGGUUUUGUCUCCUUCCGUAAUCAACAGGAAGCUGAAAAUGCUAUAACUGAAAUGACUGGAAAAUGGCUUGGAAGCAGACAAAUAAGGUGCAACUGGGCAACAAAGAACAAUUCAGAAGAGAAACCAGAAACUGACAAUCAUAAUGCAGUUGUACUAACAAAUGGUGGCUCGAGUAAUUCAGCAACAGAUGCAAGCCAGGAUGGAGGAAGUAAAGAGAACCCAGAGAACAACCCUGAUUGUACUACUGUAUAUGUUGGCAACAUUGGACAUGAGGUUAACCGAGAUGAGCUUCACCGACACUUCUAUAACUUAGGGGUUGGGGCAAUCGAGGAAAUUCGUGUUCAACAGGAGAAAGGGUUUGGAUUUGUGAGAUAUAGCAACCAUGGUGAAGCAGCAUUAGCUAUUCAGAUGGCCAAUGGAUUGGUAGUCCGCGGGAAGCCAAUUAAGUGCUCAUGGGGCACCAAACCAACUCCACCUGGUACUGCAUCCAAGCCCCUACCCCCACCAGUUGCUCCGUACCAGCCUGCUGUUGCAAUGCCAGGCGUCCCGCAAGGCUUCACAGCAGCUGAGCUUCUGGCUUACCAGAGGCAGCUUGCCUUAAGCCAGGCUGCGGCAGGGCAGAUUGCAGGGCAGCAUGGUCUCGCGGGUCAGGUUUCUGCAGGGCUUCUUGCUGGUUCCCAGGCCCUCUACGAUGGCUACCCAAACCAGUCAUCUGCUCAGCAGCUUAUGUACUACAACUAGGGUUUGAGAGGAAGGCAUUUGUAGUGUUCAGCUUGUUUGGUGCAAGCCUGGCCAUCCUCAUCCUGUUUUUAUUUUCUGGUUCAUGUACUAUUUGUGUGAGAGUUUUUCGUUCUCUCUUCGCGGGAUUGUGUUACUAUCCUCUUAUUGUACCAUUGACCAUUUUCCUUGUCUAAUUCCGUCGAGUAGUCCACUUUAACAGAGUAAGAGAUGUAUUCUAUGUGAAUUUGCGAUUGAUUAAUGUAAUGCUCCCCUGGAGAUCAGCUUCGGUCUCUGGGCUGGUUCACGAUC